CGGAUGGGUCUUCUCGGCCUCACGCGGUUCGUUUUCGGCGCCAGUCCCCUUCCCCUCGGUGGCGGCCGGCGACUCGGCCUGUCCUGGUCCUUCCUGGGCGCGCAGCAGCUCCUCCCCGACCUGGACCCCUAGCUUUUUCAGCUGCUCGUCAGUCUCGGGGUCCACCACCAGCAGGCGCACCGCGUUGAGCGCGGCGCGGAUGCGGCUCACCACCUGCUGGUGGGUUUCCUUCUCGACAUUCUCGCCGUUCACUUCCACCAGCCGGUCCCCGGCCAGCAGCCCAGCUUUCUCAGCCGGCGAGCCGGGCUCCACCAGCCGGAUAAACUGGCCCGCCUUGCCUUUCUCCCCGUGCAGAUGGAAGCCGUAGCCAUUCGGACCUUUCUCCAGGCAGCAGAGCCGGGGCAGGGGAGCCCCGGCUGCCGCGUCCGUGCUCAUUUCGUCCUGCGACUGCUCAGCAGCGAGAAGUGGGGUCCCGUCGGGGGCCUGAGACGCGACGGCUCAGCCUUUCUCCCGGCCCUAGAACCGGGAGGCGAGCGGGAGCGUCGCAGAGAAUUGCCGGACGGGCGGAGAGCGCAGGUGUGCAGGGAACGCCGACCGGGAACGACAAGGAACCGACGGAGGAACGCGGACCAAUCCCCGCCCCGCGCGGCGUCUGAGCGUUCCAGAACCCGUCCAGCCCCUAGUCCUGGGGGCGGGGCCGCGCCGAGGGUGUGGAUUCCCGUGGGCCAAUCAGGGGCCACGAUCAGGGACGCUCGGGCCGGGUGAACGACGCCGGCCAAUGGGAAGGAGCGUGGGCGGGGCCUGCGUUCGGCGCGGCGCCCUGUGGCGGGCGAAGAAAGAGGGCUCAGGAAGUGGAAGUGUUUGUUACCAAGUGCCGGAGUUGGCCGGGCGGCAGGGGCGGGGCAGGGCCCCUGGCCCCAGGGAGUUCCAGGUACCGAGCGGCGGAAGACUGCGUUCUGUUUUCCCCCUUUGGCGUGGGUUGAAGAGAGCUAGCCCCCCGGGUUAAGCACCCUCGUGUUGUAACGGCCUUUAGCCAUGCCUGUCCUGGCGCUGGGAUGGAGGGGAGCAACUGUUGCCGGGGAAACCGCUCCCGCACUGGGGCAGCGAGGACCGGCCGUCGUAAGAACUGGACACAACAAAGUUGUUUAAAUAAGUGUCCCGAGACUUGGGUCAAGGGGUGCAGCUCCGAUACCUGCUGAAAAGUCGAGAGGGCUCAGCAGAGUCUGAGUCGUCACGACGCCUGGACAAGACAAGCCACCCAGGGCAAUGAGCGCACACUGGGCCAGCUUUUGGCCAGGGAGAUGCGGGGGGAAGAGAGGCUGAACGAUCAGGCUACUCCACUGCUCAGAAUGAAGUCACUGGUCCAAAGACUGAGAGUGGCCCAGAGCGGGGCUCACUGACUGUGCAGUGUAAUUACACCUCAAAGUGGAAGACCCACCGCAAGUACUGGUGUGGAGGAGCUCAGUGGAGUUCCUGCAGAGUCCUUGUUAUCACCACUGGGUCAGAGCAGGAGGUGAAGAAGGACCGUGUGUCCAUCAGGGAUGAUCAGGAAAAGCUCACGUUCAUGGUGACCAUGGUGGACCUCAGGACAGAAGACACUGGCUUUUACUGGUGUGCAAUUGAGAGGACUGGAAUUGACUAUAGGUUUCAAGUUAAUGUGAAUGUCGACCCAGCACCAACUACAGUGUCCACCACGGUCCCCACCACCAGUACGUAUGCAGCACCAGACCCCACCGAAAACACCGACAGCCUCCCGACUCUGACCAGCUACUACUCGAACAGCAGGCACCCCUUCACCGAGCUCAGCACCCUCCUCCCGCUCAUCUUUGCUGUGCUGCUGCUUCUCCUGAUGGCAGCCUCACUCCUGGCUUGGAGGAUAGUGAAGCGACAGAAGAAAGCCUCAGGGAUGGGCCUUCUGAUUCCAGAUUGUUUUACCUUUCAGAUGCGGGGCUGUCGCCAGAGCAGGUGCUGCAGCCCCUGGAGGAGGACCUCUGCUAUGCCAACCUGUCCCUGCAGCAGCCCAGAUCCUCCCCGGGCUCCUCCCGGAAAAAGGCCUCUACCAAAACCUCUGCCCAGGCUGACCAGGCUGAAGUGGAAUAUGUCACCAUGGCUCCCUUUCCAAGGGAGGAAAUUUCUUAUGCUUCUCUGUCUUUGGACGUCUCGGAUCAGGAGCCAACCUACAGCAACACCGGCCACCUUCCCAGCAGAGAUCAGAAGGAGCCCACAGAAUACAGCAGCAUCAGGAGGCCUUAGCCUGCGCUGGUGGCCUCCUCCUUGGGCCCUGCACGAGGCCUCUGGUGUUCUUGCUCAUCUGCUUUCUGCCCCAGCUCCCCGACCAGGAUCAACCAGUGGCUGAGGCUCUGCCUGAUCAGCCGCCAUGGGCUGCAGGUCUGGCCUGGGUUCAGGGCCCCGCCGCAGGGGGCUUUGGGGAAUUAGUAGCCUCUCUGCAUUCCUUCCUCUCCCACACAGAUUGGGAGGGGGCUGGGGAGAUGCUCUGGGGCUACCAUGGGAAUGAUAAUGAUGAUAAUAAUGGUAAUUAACCUUUAUUUAUUGCUUACUGUGUACAGGGGGACAGAAUAAUAGCCCCCAAAGAUGUCCACAACCUAAUUCCCAGAACCUGUGAAUGUACCUUUUAUGGCAAAAGAUGCUGUGCAUGAGAUUAAGCUAUGGAAUUUGAGGUGGAGAGAUUAUUCUGGAUUAUUCAGGAGGGCCCAAAAUAUAAUCACAAGGGUUUCCUAAGCAGGAGGCAAGGAAGUCAUAAAGGGAGAAGGCAAAGUGCCCCCAGAAGUGGAGGUUGGAGCAGUGUGGCCAGGAGUCAAGAAGGCUGCAGCCCCAGAACCUGGCAAGGCACCAGUUCUCUCCUGGAGCCUCCACAGGAGCCAGCCCCCAGCACCUUGGCUCAGUUGGCGGAACUGACUUUGUACUUCCGGCCUCCAAAACUGUAAGAGAAUAAAUCUGUAUUGUUUAAAGUUAAGCCACUAAAUUUGUAGUAAUCUGAUAUAAUAGCAGUGGGAUACUCUGUGGCAGGUGCUUUUCCUUACAUGUUUCACAUAUAGUAACUAGUUUAAUCCCCACAGGGUGCUUCUGUCAUUUACAGAGGAGAAAACCAAGGUAUAGAUAGGCUCAGCAACUUGCCUCAAGUUUUACAGUUGGUAGGUGUGUGAAUUGGACUUUGGUUCUGGAGUUUGAACCACUACCUUGCCCUGUCUGUGUAAGAAAGAUGGUGUGUGUGUGUGUGUGUGUGUGUGUGUGUGUGUGUGUACCCAUUCUCACAAUCAGGGGCAGCGAGUAUUUACAGGUGUUGGACUUAUUACCCUUUUUCUACGAUCCUGGCUGCCCUCUCUCCAGAAUAUGUCCUGAAUCCCAUGGUGUCUCAUCAGGUCCAUGGUUCCCAGCCCAGUGCAGGCCUCCAUCCCAUCUCCUGCCUGUUCUCCCUCUUUCAUUCUCUGCCUCUGAGUCUGUUCUGAGAGCAGCUAGAAUGAUCUUUUCAAAGCACAGAGCUGAUUACCCCUUGCUUAGGACCUUCCUCAGGCCUUAAGGGGCAGGGAAUCCACCCCUGCCUGGCCUCUGGGCUCCAUCUCCAUCCACUCUCCCUCUCCCCUGCUCUGCUCCAGCUGC